AUGGAUUCCGAUACUCUCGACCCGAAGACAAUCGAGUUGGUCCUUCCCAGUUUUGCCUUGCUGCGACACAUUCCAGUCUCAGUAUUGUUUGCCGCUUUCGUUGUCGCAGUUUCCGUAUACCUGCCACGCUUCAGAUACAAGUCGCAGCUGGAGAAAUUUCCACUCAUUCUAGAGCAUCUGAGCGGCGAACAGCGGCGAGCAAAGUUUCUCGCUGGAGCAAAAGCGCUCUACAAAGAUGGCCACGAGAAGUUCAGAGGAGUAGCGUAUAGAAUGCAGACUCUAGAUGAGAUGCAAAUCGUCCUUCCUAUCUCCAUGUUGUCUGAACUUCGAAAGGCUCCUGAGGAUGUUUUGUCUUUCUACGACAUGUUUUCCAAAGUUGUCGAUACAAUCAAGAGAGAUCUUACCCCCAAGCUAACGAAAAUCACCUCAAAUAUUUGCAAUGAGGUAGAUGCAGCGCUGGACACAUACCUCCCAUCUCACAAUGAGUGGACAGAGAUUAAUGUCUCAAAAACCGCUUUGGACAUUAUUGCCAAAGUGUCAGCUCACCUCUUCAUUGGCGACAGUGUUGCCAACGAACCAGGUUAUCUGGACUGUACCCAAAACUUCACUGUGCACCUAGGCGAAGCUACCAAAGCGAUCAAAGAAACACGAGUGUGGCUUAGACCCUUUCUAGCGCCCCGACUCCCGGCGGUGAAGCGCCUUCUUGAGACGAGAAGAAAUCUGAGAAAUUACGUUAAGCGUGUGAUUGAAGAGCGAGAGGCCAAGAGCAAAGAUCCAGAUUGGGUUCCACCGGAAGACAUGAUGCAAUGGCUUCUCAAUCGAACUGACAGGCAAAAGGACACACUGGAGGACUGCACGGCCGCGCAAAUCCUUCUUAUCCUGGGGACCAUCAAUGCAUCCAUGCAGACAUUGAUUGCCAUCCUGCAUACGCUAGCCGUCACUCCCGAGUAUGUUGAGCCGCUCCGAGAAGAGAUUCGAAACACUUUGAAUAGCGACGGAUCCAUUCCCGUCAGUUCAAUGAAGGAGUUUAGCAAGAUGGAUAGUUAUUUCAAGGAAGUCGGCAUGCAUUUCCCCGUCAUCAUAGAACCUUAUUUCCGCCGGGUUCGCAAGGGCUACACUCUGUCCAACGGACAGUACCUACCUGCUGGCGUGCCCAUUGUGAUAAUAAACCCACUUAUCACGGACUCCAAGUACGAUGCCUUUGACGGCUUCCGACACUACAACCUGCGCGAAAGCAGCGCACAAAAGGACAAGCCGCAGCAUCGAUGGCUGAUUGCUAAUGAAACCGAGUUUCGAUGGGGCUAUGACAACCAUGUGUGUCCUGGCAGAUUCUACGCGCAUAAUUUACUCAAGAUUAUCCUUGCCAGACUGAUUGAGAAGUACGAUAUCAAGAUGCCUGGAGGUGUCACAGGUUUAGAAGCUAGGUAUAAGAUGGUUGAGCAUGGUAAUGUUGUUAUGGAACCAAGGGAUAAGCCUCUGAUGAUUAGGAGAGUGAAGAGCCAGGCAUGA